UGCAGUGCAACACCUUUGAACAGACUGAGGCAGGCAGCGGACAGCAGAUGGAUCCGGUGGCCAACAGCUGCGUGAGGAACCCCCACCCCCCAGCCCCACUUUGGGGCUGCCUUCGAAACCCCCACUCGGAAGGGAGCAGCGCCUCAGGGCUGUCCCAUUAUCCACCAACUCCGUUUUCCUUCCACCAAAAAUCAGAUUUCCCAGCGACAGCAGCAUACCCGGACUUCUCUGCUUCCUGCCUGGCAGCCACCCCACACAGCCUGCCCCGGGCAGAGCGUAUCUUCAAUGAGCAACACCCUGCCUUCCCACAGACCCCUGACUGGCACUUCCCAAUCUCUGAAGCCGGGCAAAGGCUCAACCCAGGCCCAGCUGGGAGCGCGGGAGAGAUGGGGGCCGGCAGCCCAAGCCUGGUAGAUGCCACAGGAGGAUCUGGCGAUGACUAUAUGGUACUUGGGAGCAUUGUCAGUGAAACAGAGACGAAAUCAUCCAGAAGGAAAAAAGAGAGGUCAGAUAACCAGGAGAACGGAGGAGGAAAGCCAGAAGGCGGCAGCAAGGCCCGGAAGGAGAGGACAGCCUUCACCAAGGACCAGCUGCGGGAGCUAGAGGCUGAAUUCGCCCACCAUAACUACCUGACGCGGCUCCGUAGAUACGAGAUUGCCGUCAACCUGGACCUUUCGGAGCGGCAGGUCAAAGUGUGGUUCCAGAACCGGAGAAUGAAAUGGAAGCGUGUGAAAGGGGGUCAGCCCGUGUCCCCACAUGAGCAGGACCCGGAGGAUGGGGACUCCGCAGCCUCUCCAAGUUCAGAGUGAGAUGCUCCAAAGACCAAAACUGAGAAAGACUGAAAACUCCCUUUCCCACUCCCUCCACCCAGUCCCGGCUUCACCUCUUCCGGACCCACCCAGGGCAGCCUCUGUACACUGCGGUGCUGACUCUAGGAUGUGAACUUGCCCAGUGUGUGGGAGCCUUGAAUUUCCCAGCAUCACUCCCUUUCAACAGCCCCUUCCCCAGGGGUCCCACUUCCCACACC